AUGGAAGCUUACAAGCAAGCCGCAAAAAGUCUUAAAAAGGCUUUUGAGGAGUCGAUGUCAAUCCUUGUGGAAAAAGCCACUGCCUUUGUUGGAAUGGAGUCGACUCUAUCAGCAGAGGAGCGAAAGUUUGCCACCAAAAUCAAAUGGAGAUUACUCGAAGCAAUGGAAACAAAUGAAGCAUCUGAAGUUGUCGAAUUCAGUCUAAUCGAUGAAGAUGGAACCAUCGAUGUCUCUUUUGAUCAAAAAGACGAAGAUUUCGCCUUCCGUAAGACAACUCUUGUUCGUCAAAAUGCUCACUCCACCUUUAAAGUCGACUCCUCUGACGAUUUACCUCGGACACCAGAGUUUAAAGGGGUCCCACCCAUCCCGGAGAAUCCAAGAAAACGCAAAAGAUCAGAGGAUGACGUUGGAGCCCCCACAAAAGACAUCAAACCCCGACGCCUGGCUUUCGACUAA